GAAACCUUUGAACUUCCAACAUAAAACCAGUUCUUUAAUUAAGAGUCCUCAGAUAUGAUUGCACCAUGGCUGAGGUGCAGAGCUUUGACAAUCUUUUGGCUUGUCGGAAUUUAUUGAAAGCUAGCGUUGACAAUUCAACGGCUCUUGCCUUGGCUCUCGACAAAACUGGACCACGAAUAGCUGAGUUAGACCAAAAGUUGACAUUUCUUGAGAUGGCUAUUAGGCCUGGCGGUUCCAAGAACUGCACGUUUGCCGCUGUUAGAGACCAUAUCAGUCUCGCUCUUGGCCCUUCUGCAGCUGUUUUAAAGAUCUUGGAUUCCAUUCGUGAACUUGAAAAGUCGCUGUUAUCAGAUUCACUCCCACAUUCUGAUAUUUUUUCUUACAUUUCAACCAUUAAGCAGUUUGAAGAUGCUAUAAAAUUUCUUACAGCCAACUGCAACUUGGCGAUCCAAUGGUUAGAAGGAGUUAUCCAAUUCCUGGAAGGUAAUUCUGUGGCCGAUGAUCGGUACAUCUCGAGAGUUAAACGAUCGGUAGCGAUUUUAGAGGAAUUACAAGCAACUGGGGAGCAAGCUGGUCGAAAUGGCGAGCUUCUUUCUGGUGCAUUUGCCAAGCUAGAAAUUUCAUUCAAGCAGAUUUUGACAGAAAGUAAUGCUCCACUUGGUUUUACGAAUUCUUCAUCACCAUGGACAGCCGAGCAGGCCUACAAUGCUGCAUUGCCUCUUCCGGGGCCCAUCCUUCGGAAGUUGCAGGCGAUUGUGGAGAAACUAAAUACCGGUAACAGGACAAACAGCUGCAUAUCGGUUUUCAUUGAAGUUCGUAGUCUGAAUGCUAAAAAUAGCUUACGAGCUCUUGAUUUGGAUUACCUUGAGAAUGCGGUCGAAGAAUAUGACGAUGUCCAGGACAUGGAGGGUUGCAUACAUGAGUGGAGCAAGCAUAUGGAGUUCAUUGUGAAAUGUGUACUUGAGAGUGAGCAUAUGCUCUGCAAGGAAGUCUUUGGAAGCCUAGCAUCAGGUGCAUGGACUGGCUGCUUCGCGAAGAUUGCAGUCGAAUCGGGAAUUCUUUUGUUCCUCAGGUUCGGGAUGAGCAUUGCUGAGAGUAAGAAGAGUCCUAUCAAACUGUUGCAUUUGUUGAUCAUCUUCUCAGUUCUUGAAACUUUAAGAAUGGAUUUCAACAAGCUUUUUGGAGGGGAAUCUUGCAAUGAAAUCAAAACCAUGACAAGGGAUCUCGUCACCAAAGUCGUUAAUGGAGCCAGUGAGAUUUUCUGGGAACUUCCUUUACAAGUGGAGCUCGAAAGACGAAGUUCUCCACCGAGUGACGGAGGUGUCCCGUGGCUCGUAAGCUUCGUGACCGAUUACUGUAACCGGCUGCUUGACGACAAUUACAGACCGAUUUUGACCCAAGUUUUGAGAAUCCAUCAAGGUUGGAAAUAUGAAAAAUACGAGGAGGGACUUGUUACCAACCAGAUAUACAGCAUAGUGAGAGAAAUCGCAGUCAAUUUGGAUGCAUGGUCGAAAGCCUAUGAGCGAAAGGCAUUGUCCUACAUAUUCAUGAUGAACAAUCAUUGUCAUUUCACUAGCCUAAAAGGCACAAAGUUAGGGAAUCUAAUGGGAGAUUCUUGGUUAAAUGCUCAUGGGAAUUACAAGGACUACUAUUCAGCUCUCUACUUGAGAGAGACCUGGGGGAAAAUCCUGGCCUCUCUAACCCAAGAUAAUCCGGAUUCUUCACCGAAAAUGAGGCUAAUGGCAUUCAAUGAAGCCUUUGAUGACAUGUACAAGAAGCAGUUAAAUUGGGUGGUUAUAGAUGAAAGCUUGACAAACAAGAUGCACAAGCUUGUGGUUCAGGCCUUGGUGCCUGCUUAUACAAGUUACUUGCAGAAAUAUAGGGUUGUGGUGGAACACAGAAGUGAUGUAUUUUACACGGUGCAAAGCUUAGAAACCAUGCUUAACACCCUGUUUAAGGCAAAGCAAGUGAAAUACACAAGCAGCACGAUUGGAUCACACUUGACUGGUGAACAAAGAAAUGCUGUAAUCGACCAAUUACGCUUGACACUUACUGCUAUGUAACUUUAUGUACUUGUGAAUGUAUAGAUCAAAUGGACAUUAAAGUUUUUACCUUUUAUACCACAGUAAAAACAAAAAGAAAAAAAGGAGAAAAAACUUAAGCCCUUUUAUGAUA